UGGAGGAAGUUUAAUCCGUAAUCGCGCGACCCUGCUCCUUCCUCUUCCGGUUACGGCGACAGCGGCUUCAAAAUGGUGCAGCGCCUGAAGUAUCGUCGUAGGUUGUCCUACAACACCACCUCCAACAAAACCAGACUGUCCCGGACACCUGGCAACCGUAUCGUGUACCUGUACACCAAGAAAGUUGGCAAAGCCCCCAAGUCAGCAUGUGGCAUCUGCCCAGGGAGACUGCGUGGAAUUCGGGCUGUUAGACCUCAGGUUCUGAUGAGGCUCUCCAAGACCAAGAAGCACGUCAGCAGAGCAUAUGGAGGCUCCAUGUGUGCCAAGUGUGUGCGUGACAGGAUCAAGCGUGCUUUUCUGAUUGAGGAGCAGAAGAUCGUCGUCAAGGUCCUCAAGGCACAGGCACAGAGCCAGAAAUCUAAGUAAAAUGUGUAUUUGUAUUGCCACAAUAAAAAAAAAAAGACGUGA